UCUUUUGUAAGCAGCUUACCGGAAGUUCUUUAAAUGUGCGGCAUGAAAUGAAAAGCGCGAAUCUAACAACUUGAAAAAUAGAUAUCUUCGAGUUUAUCCUCAUAAUCCGCCCGUGGUGGAAAGGAUGGACCCCCAUACGUACAAUAGGGGUGAAGCCUCAUUUGAGGCAAUGUUGGAUUCUGACCUGCCUGAAGCCAGGCCAGAUGAAAAAAGUCAGAUGUUCCGUCGACGCAGUGCUGGAAUCAACCUACAAAAGUCUAUACACAUGCUAGACGAGGCAGUGGGAGCAACAUCAAGUACAGCACGCGGACCACGCACACCUCGCAACACACUUCUCAAGUACAGCACAUACACCCCGACACAUGUGUCCACCACGGAGAAGUAUGAUGUGUCACACAUGUUCACACCAACACCCAGGAAAGGAGGUCAGAUGGGCCACGACUCCUUUAAUUCAUCACUGUCAAUGAUUCGACCAGCACAGUCGAAACUGGGCACGGAUAUGUUUGACAUGACAGAGGAGGUGACCAGCACCAAUGUAGCGCUGCUGUUGGAGGACGACCCAGGCAUGGCAGCCUCUGCGGGACUCUAUCGGGACUUCGAGCAGUGCAUGAAACAUAACUCCGGUCAGAACAGUGUCCUUGACCUUCUGCUAGACUAUGAGAAUGUUUGCUCCGACCAAGUCAUCAUUCUAAGAAAACUUGCAAUCAGGGCGACCAAGCAGCAAGACAGAUUCCAGCGUACAUUCGACACGUUUGAGCUGUUGGACAAGGAGAAGAUGACAUGGCAGCUGGUGCGGUCGUUGUACCGUGACCGCCUGGAGUGGGGCGUGACGGGGUCGGAGGACGAUGAGGACAUGAUGGUGGACAAACCUCCCCCUGUGUCGAGUCCAAGUGAGCAGAACGUCAUGAAGACGUUGUUUGAGAAGGACAGCACAGUAAGGCAGAGUCAGCUGGUUGUGGACUGGUUAGAGAACUGUGCUGAAGAUAGCCUGUCCAUGUUGGCUGACAACGUCAAGUUCUUCUCGGAUCAGGCCGUUGCAUGGGAGAACACUCUUCACCAGCUUCAGAACAAGGCCCGUGGAGUCCCCACCACUAGCGACAGACCCCUGGUGGACCAACUGGACCCGGAUGCUCCGAUCCGUCAGAGUAAGAUCCUGGACGACCUGGACAAGGAGGACGAGACCCGACUCCUGCAGCAUCUGUUUGCCUGUAUCCGGGCUGGGCAGCUCGACAAGGCUCAGGAAGUGUGUCAGACGUGUGGUCAGUCGUGGCGAGCUGCAACACUAGAGGGCUGGCGCUUGUUUCAUGACCCCAACUAUGAGAGCCUGGGUCACGACGGUCAGAUCGGCGCUGUGCAGGGCAACUCCUACCGCGAUGUGUGGAAGUUGGUGUGCUGGAACAUGGCGCAGGAGUCCAAGUUCAACCUGUACGAGAAGGCCAUCUACGCCGUGUUGAGCGGGAACCUGAAGGCCGUGCUGCCCGUGUGCCGCACGUGGUACGACUAUCUGUGGGCGUACUACAAGGUGAUGGUGGAUGUGAAGGUUGAACAGGAGCUGCGUCUCAACAGCAUGGCUGAUCGUCUGCAAGAGGACAUGCCUAACGAGUACUGGGAGAAACUCAUAGAACCCAGUCAAGUGUUUCAAGAUAUUGAAGCAAGUUUUGAUGAGUUGGUGAGGUCAGAGUCCCAGAAGUGGUUCCAUGUCAUACAGAAAUACAUCAUCCUGGGAGAUGUGGAUGCCCUGAUAGAGGUUAUGUACAACUGGGUGAGGCGAGACCGCCAGAAACUGCCGCCACAUCUAGUCAGGUUUAUGGCCCACCUGGUGCUGUUCCUGCGAGCCAUUGGACACAGCACAAAGGAGGAGCUGUGCACCACCAUCCUGGAAACAUACGUGGAGGACCUCAUCAACAACAAACACAAGCAUCAGGUGGCGCACUACGUCGCCACUCUCCCAAAGGAGUCCCAGGUCAUCUGGUACGCCAAGUUUCUGGAAGGUAUUGACAACAAGGAGGAGAGGCAGCAUUGUCUGCAGCUCGCAGAGGAGGAGGGGCUCAAUAUCCCCCUCAUCACCAAGACCGUUGUUGAGAACAUCCGCCAUCGGGACUCAGAGGUCAAGGUCAAAGCAGACAUGUCUGUCGAGACCGCAGUGUCAGAGGAGGAUCGUAAGAAGAUCGAGGCAAUAGACUGGCUGGUGUUUGACCAGUCGCAGCGGUCGGAGGCUGUGAAACAGGCCAACGCAGUCAUGAGGUCAUUCAUCGCUGUGAAGAAGCAUGUAGCUGCAAGAGAGGUGUUCGACAAGCUGCCGGCCGACUCGGUGGACGUCAUCUACAGAAUCUGGCUCUCCAAGACUGGGUCAACAUCCCUGCUGUCGUCGGAAGAGAACGCUAUCCGGGAGUACAUGUGUAUCAAGGCCUACCUGGAUGCCAUUGAGAGUUUCAACGACUGGUUCUCCCUCUGUCAUCACGGCAAGCCAGCCAAACCUGAUCUGACAGUGGGCGCCAGCUUCACAGACCGUGUGGCGUACGAACAUCGCAUGAAGCAGUACCAGAUGGAGGUGGACAGAUGGAAGCACACGCUCCUGAUGCAGACAAAGACAACUAAGGACCAUAUAUACAAUGUGCUGCUGUUUACUGAUGGAGGCUGGAUGGUGGAUCAGAGGGAGGAGAAAAGUGUUGAUGAGUCCCGCCACCACCAGAUGGCGUUGUUGAGACAGCUCCACCUACCAGCAUUGUGCCUUAACCUGCAUUAUGUACUACACACCAGCGAACUGUUCGCAGAAUGCCUCCAACUGGCCGACUAUGUCUCCGCAGAACGCUAUCAGCUAUACAAGGAAUUCAACAAGGAUGACCUUCAACGACUCCUGCGACAUAUACGUGACUCGUCACUGGCUCUCCUGGACCAGAACAAGGAUCCCCUCGGCUACCAGCUGGUGUAAUGGAGAUCACUCCCCUAGACAGGAAACAACAGCGUGUGUAGAUGGGACGUGUGUGAGAGCUGCAUCAGCCAUGUGCUCUGUGUAUGAGAGUGGUGAGACUGAUGCAUGUUAGCACCAGUAUAGUGGACAGGUGUGCUUUAUGUUGGAUCUGUCCUGCCUGGACACAAGAACACUGACUGUCACAGGACACAUGAUGCAGAGCUCCAGAUAAGCUUUUGGUGUAUUGGGUAUUUUACCCAUGCAUUUUAAAAUCACUGGGUAUCAGUAAUUCUAUCUGGGUAUUCACAUUUAUGUUACCCACUAGUUUUUACACAUGUG